CGUGCAUAUGAUGCUCAUUCCGGCCACUCCAAAAAAGAGCAGAACGAAGGAGUUGAAUUCACACAGCGCCUGGUUGGUGUCCAGAAGGUGCUCCAGAUUCUCAAAAUGCUGCUGACGGCAGAAAGGACCCAGAAGAAACAUCUUUCAGGAGUUUACUAAGGAGCAAAUUGCAUCAGCAUGCAAGUUGAAGACAGUUCCCAGGCAGCUGUCAGUAAUGCAGCCCAGGAACAGGGAACGACCAAGGGCCAGCCUUCCAACAAAAAAGCCUCAGUCAGUGAGAAGAGCCCAGAAUACCUGGCACAGCGUUUCCAGGGAGAUGGCGUACGCUACAAGGCCAAACUCAUCGGUGUGGACGACGUGGUUGAUGCCCAGGGUGACAAAAUGUGCCUGGAUUCCAUGAUGAAGCUAAAGGGCCAGGAGAUGGCAGCUCGCCAGCGGGGUCUUCACAAGCAGAGGGUGUGGCUGAAAGUCUCUGACACCUGCGUCCGAAUCAUCGAUGAGAAGACCGGGGUAGUGGAGCACAAGCACGAGCUGGAGAGGGUCAGCUCUGUGAAGAAGGACGACUCCCAGCCCAGAGCCUUUUCCUACAUCUACGUACACGAAGGAACCUUCAAGCUGUUCUUCAUCAAGAUGGCCAAUUUAGCUGAUCCAGUUAUAGAAGAUAUAAAAGAUGCCUUCCAGAUAGCAUCUGCAGAAAGAUGCGAGACGUUGUCCACACAACAGAACAAUCCCUGCCUGCUUCUAGAUGAGCACGUGGCAGUUCCACCGAAGGGCCUUGAUGUCAUAGAUCUCUUCAAUCCUCUGCCUUCUUCUCCAGCUCAGCUUUCUGCCCUGACUUCAUGUCAAGAUGAGCUUAACAGUGUCUUCUCUGUCUGCAAUGAAUCUUCUGCGCCUGCAAUGUCAACUUUGGAAGCAGCAACAGGCUUUUUUGGCCAGUCAGUAGCGGCCAAUCUGACAACCUGGGGCCCAGCAGGACAGCCCAGUGUCUCACCACCGGGGUCCGUUGGCCCCUGGGGCCCAGCAGGACAGCCCAGUGUCUCACCACCGGGGUCCGUUGGCCCCUGGGGCCCAGCAGGACAGCCCAGUGUCUCAUCACCGGGGUCCCUUGGCCCCUGGGGCCCAGCAGGACAGCCCAGUGUCUCAUCACCGGGGUCCCUUGGCCCCUGGGGCCCAGCAGGACAGCCCAGUGUCUCAUCACCGGGGUCCCUUGGCCCCUGGGGCCCAGCAGGACAGCCCAGUGUCUCAUCACUGGGGUCCCUUGGCCCCUGGGACCCAGCAGGACAGCCCAGUGUCCCAUCACUGGGGUCCCUUGGCCCCUGGGGCCCGGCAGGACAGCCCAGUGCCCCAUCACUGAGGUCACUUGGCCCUUAUGGCUCAGCAGGACAGCCCAGUGCCCCAUCACCGGGGUCCCUUGGCCCCUGGGGCCCAGCAGGACAACCCAGUGUCCCAUCACCGGGGUCCCUUGGCCCCUGGGGCCCAGCAGGACAGCCCAGUGUCCCAUCGCCGGGGUCCCUUGGCCCCUGGGGCCCAGCAGGACAGCCCAGUGCCCCAUCACCGGGCUCCCUUGGCCCAUGGGGCCCAGCAGGACAGCCCAGUGUCUCAUCACCAGUGUCCCUUGGCUCCUGGGAUCAGCAGCAGACUGGAUGGGCUCAGCCCAGCAUGGGGCCACAGACAGGUGCCCAGCCACUGGGCGUGUGGACUCAGCCAGCUGGGUCGAUGGGCCAGGUGACAACUGGCUUCUUUACUACUGCUGGCCAAGUCUCCAGCUCUGGAGAAAUGAUGUUCCCACAACUCAGUGUGGCCUCAAUGUCUGAGCAACAUGCAACGCUGCAGAACCACCCAGCACAAGCAGGUCUGCAUCCGGUUUCUAAUGUCUUCAACAGCAGACCUUUUGAUAAAUAAUACAACAUGGAAGAUAACAGGAAAACAUUAUGACUCCUUACGGAAUGCAGUAGUGGGAUUACGUGAAGGAGAGGCGCCUUCAGAGUUAUUUUUAAUACAAAUAUUGGUUUCUGAUUCUAUUUAAUACUUACUAACAGUGCUACAUGGAGUAUGUACACGCGCCAGGUCACAUGUAUCACCUCCUGCAGGUUUUAAAACGGCAUUACAUCAAUGGUUACUUUCUGUGGAAUUAAACAGAAUUAAACUGUAUCAUAAAUAUUUCAUAAAUAGAGAGAUAAUCAGCUGGGAAAAUCAUGGUUUGGUGGAUAUAGUUUAUAUUUGGUGUUCAGAUUCCGAAAAUGACAUAAUCCUCACCAGGAGAUUUGGUGGAAAAAUGAUCAAUUAUAUAUGUUAAGACGGAUCGUGCAAGGAAAUUUUACUCGCACUAUAAAUGCAUAUGUGUGUUUAAUUGUCAAUAAUAAGUUUGUAUUUAUUAGAUUACGUGAUUGACAGUGACAGGGUGAUCAGAAUCGCGUUGCUUUUAUCUAACACACUGAAUUUCACCGAGGAUAAAAAUGUAUCCUUUAAGGACUAAUAAAAUGCUUUGUAAUUGGCGUUGUCAA